AUGAAUAUUAUACCUUGUUCCCUUAAAACACUCAAGGGGUUAUACGAUAUAUCGGGUGUAGAAUUAGGCCAAGACUUCUAUUGGCAAAUAGGAGGUUUCCAAAUUCAUGCCCAAGUACUCAUCACUUCUUGGAUCGUAAUUACUAUCAUGCUAGGUUCAGUUGUCAUAGUUGUUCAGAAUCCACAAACCAUCCCGACCGACGGUCAGAAUUUUUUUGAAUAUGUCCUUGAAAUUAUUCGAGACUUGAGAAAAACUCAGAUUGGAGAAGAAUAUGGUCCCUGGGUUCCCUUUAUUGGAACUAUCUUCCUUUUUAUUUUUGUUUCGGAUUGGUCGGGUGCUCUUUUACCUUGGAAAAUUAUAGAGUUACCCCAUGGGGAAUUAGCAGCGCCCAAAAAUGAUAUAAAUACUAAUGUUGCUUUAGCUUUACUCACGUCAGUGGCAUAUUUUUAUGUUGGUCUUAGCAAAAAAGGAUUGAGCUAUUUCGAGAAAUAUAUUAAACUAACUCCAAUCCUUUUACCAAUUAACAUCCUAGAAGAUUUCACAAAACCAUUAUCGCUUAGCUUUCGACUUUUCGGGAAUAUAUUGGCGGGUGAAUUAGUCGUUGUUGUUCUUGUUUCUUUAGUCCCCUUAGUAUUCAAGCUCUUAUUUUUGCAACAUUAGUCGCAGCCUAUAUAGGUGAAUCCAUGGAGGGUCAUCAUUGAAUUGACUCUUUUUGGUAAUAGUAUUUUUUUGCAGCUUAGCUCAAUUCAUGUUCCAGAUAAUCUACUUGGUUGCAAAAAAUAGUUAGAAAUGCGUAUGAAUAUAUAGCCUAGAGUUGUAGGAGAGAGAAUAGAAUAGACUAUAUUAUGGAAUUUUCAAAGUAUAUAUGCAUUAAGGAGGAUGGAGUCAGGCUAGAUCUAUACUAUAAUAUCCUUAAUGUCUAUAAGUGGAGUCCUCUUUUAUGCGGGUUUCCACUUUAAGCAAUGAUUUUAGAAUCCGAUUCAAUAGAAAAUGAGAAAAUAUGCAAACAAAA